UCUAUGUCUACUACCACCUGAGGAAAUUUCCUUAUUUUGUUCCUCUUUUUGAUCUUUCUUGGUUUUUUUUUUUUCUAGUUUCUUUUUGUUGAUGAACAGAGAAGAAUACAAAAAGAACCCAUCUUUAAACGAGAAAGAUUAAAAAAAAAGAUUUUCUUUUUUUUGUACUUUAAAAAAUGUUGGGUUUUUCUUCUUCGAAGGGAGGAGGGAAUAACAAGUAUGAUUAUUCAUUUAAAAUACUUUUGAUUGGUGAUUCUGGUGUUGGCAAAAGUAGUUUACUUGUUACUUUCAUCUCCAACUUUGUUCAUGAUCUUUCUCCUACCAUUGGGGUGGAUUUCAAAAUCAAGAUGGUCACAAUUGGUGGGAAAAGAUUGAAACUUACAAUUUGGGACACAGCUGGUCAGGAGAGAUUUGGAACAUUAACUAGCUCUUACUAUAGGGGUGCCCAUGGGAUUAUCCUUGUCUAUGAUGUGACACGGCGAGAAACCUUCACCAACCUGUCCGAAAUUUGGGCAAAGGAAGUCGAGCUCUACUCCACCAAUCAUGAAUGCAUCAAAUUUCUGGUUGGAAAUAAAGUUGACAGGGACAGUGAAAGGGCUGUUACUAGAGAAGAGGGUAUGGCUCUUGCACAGGAACAUAAAUGUUCUUUUCUUGAAUGCAGCUCUAAAACUAGAGAAAAUGUGCAUCAAUGCUUUAAAGAUCUCAUUUUAAAGAUUCUUGAGGUACCUGCUUUAUUGGAGAAAGGAUCUGAAGCAGUCAAGAAACAGAUAUUGCAACAGAAACAAGUACGCGAAGCACCCCAAAGCAAAUUUUGCUGCUUUCAAUGAAAAUUCCAUGACACUU